ACUUGUUUAUUUUAGGGUAGUGUCGUCGCAAUCGUUCGACAUUCACUCUACUACAACAUCACAGCUUAAAAUAUACCGGCACUAGUCAACAUUUGAGAUAUUUUAUAUAGGUAGAAAGUAAUACUUAAGAUGAAAAUGAAGCCUUUUAAUACAGUACGACAACUGACGACGGAGUGUAAUCUAGUUGUUUUCGACGAGGAAUAUCAGAAUACUUGAGGAUAAUUCUUCGAAACAUAGACAUGGUUCGAAGAAAAAUGGCAUCAAGUGGCAUCAAUUCUUCCACGACGGGUUCUCAUCGAACUGCGAUGGAGAGGUUUGGUGACGGUGGUAUGGCUCUCCUACCGUGGACCAUGCAUACACUGACCGUACUGUGGGAACAACUACGGUUGUUGGUCCAUGUCAUUUACUACAGCUUCUUGACAGUUUUCCAGAUGUUCAGGUUUGAAGUUCACCUAAGAAUCACAGAAGAAACAGGUCAACACGUCCAGCACAUGACCACAGCAGCAAACAGAGACGAUUCCUUUUUCUUCUCAUUGUUUGACAGCGACAAAAGCGUCACGCUUGCUGGCUCUAACCCCCUAUCGCAUUUCUGCGGGGAUGUGGGCGAUGUCUCCGGAAAUUCCCACACAGGGGCCCUUCUGUCCAGCCUACAGGCUAAGGAGAUGUGCUGCGGAUUGGUGGACGACUUUGUGUCCCGCGCCAGGAUGGAUAGCGAUGAUGGACUUUGCCUUGGACACCACCCCAGCUGGAAACUGGGCUUUCCAGGUGACUGGAACCUGUUUGUGAGCAGCACUGUCAGCGGCUCCAGCUUACAUGAAAUGUGUCGCAAGAACAAGGAGAAAGCAUUUGACUUCAAAACCAAACAUGACACCACCGAAGAUGAUAUGAGUGUUUACUGGGGUAAAGAGAAUGACCGAAACAUGGGAGAGUUUGACAGUGAGGACAACCCCUUCUCUGUCUCCCCCUGCAUUUCAAGCUGCUCCAAUAUGGGGGAAACGAAAAAUGAAGAUCGUGUUGACGGCGGCCUUGAAUGUAACUUAUCCAGCCGGCCCGGUGAAGAACUUCAAGAGACCCUCGGUGGCUGGAACAUCUGGAGCAGCCGUUCAGAUAGCGAGAGCAGCUGGGGGAGUUCAGAUGGUUCGUGCGCAGACCUGGACAAAGAGGAGAGCGAGAGGCUCUGGGAGCUCUUCACCAGCCCCACCGACCCAUACAACCCCCUGUCCUUCACGGCAUCUGUAGCCAGCUCAGUCCCUCACACAGACAAAGCACUUACACACUCCCAGGAGGCUGAAAGGGCCUCAGUCCUGACCUCAUGUUCUUCUGACACAGUUGACAGCGAGACCCCUGGCCCUUCCUCCUCUGAGGAUGACGCAGAGGAGCAGCUAUGGAGAUCCCUCUCCCAAAAUGAUGACCCUUACCACCCUCUGAACUUCCGUGCCUGCCUCCAGAGCUCCCCUACAACCACAGAGCCACCUGCCUUCAGCACUGGAGACCCACUCACCCCACAGAGCUGCCCCACACAGACGCCACCCGGCCAAGCUAAGCAGAGGGACGUUGUGGCCAAAAGCCUCCAAACAACCAGGCACACAAAGCCUUGUCUACCCAAGAGACAGCAUUGCCACCCAGCCACUACACUACUACCCUGGAGGAGACCUGAAGCUAAAGUAACUGGACAAGGACAACCUCAGGAGGAGAAGGUCAAACAACCUCUGAAAAAGGUUCGGUUCUCACCACUUGUCCAGGUCCAUGUGAUGCAUACCUGGCCCUUUGCUCGGCAGAUGUCUCGCAAAGGACCCUGGGAGGAGCUAGCCCGCGAUAGAGACCGGUUCCGAAAGAGGAUCCAGGAAACAGAGCAGGCUAUUGGCUACUGCUUCAGUCAAUCACACAGAGAGAUGAUUCGGGCAAAUUUGCUAAGCACUUCAACAUCAGCCAUGCCCCCAGUCCAUGAGCUCUGAACAUAAAUGUUUUACCAUACCUACCUAAUGAGAACUUUUGAUUGGUUGCAAUGCAACAUAUGGUUUUAGGUCAAUUAUAAUGAAAUAUGGUGGUCCUAGGCCAAUAGGAUUUGGCAUCAAAUUCUACCUGCACUGUACCUCAACACUGUUGCACUGAUUUUUAUAUUGAAUAUAGUUAUUAACCUCAACAUUAAUGUAUGUAAUGUUCUUUUGUAUGCCUUUCUGACUGACCCAGCAAUGCAAUUUAUUUAUGUCCUAUGUAGCUUGUUUAAAGUGUUUGAAUUGUACCUGUUUUAAAUGUUCAUAUUAAUCCAGAUAAUUGGUGUAUUUAGAACUAAAAUAAUGACUUAGCAGAUGGUAUUUGUGAUCAUACCAUAGUUAAUAAACAACCUGUUUGACA